UUCAAAAUGGCCGAAAAACAGUGGCAAGUUGUAAACAAACAUGAUAUCAUGAAGAAAUGGCCUUUACAUUGCCUUGUUUUUGAAGACAAACCCGCACAGCUGAAAGAUAUUUUGAAGGAGAACAAGGUUGAUGUUGAGAGGCUGGAUCCUUGUGGUAGGACAGCAUUGCAUGUCGCUGUGACAUUGGGUCGGACAGAAUGUGUCAAAAUAUUGCUGGAUCAUGGCGUAGAUGCCAACGCAGUAAACAAACAAGGAUGGAAUGUUUGCCAAGAAGCAGUGAGCAGCGGGGAUCCAGAAAUACUUUCCCUUGUGUUCACACAGCGAGAUUUCCAGAGAGCAACUCAACGCCUUGAUGGGAUACCUGAGCUUCUUGAGGACCUAAAUGCUGCUCCAGAUUUUUAUAUUGAGAUGAAAUGGGAAUUUACAACCUGGGUUCCUUUUAUGUCAAAAAUGUGUCCCAAUGAUACUUACAAAAUAUACAAGCAGGGAUGUAAUGUCAGAGUAGACACAACAUUGAUUGGUUUUGAUCAAAAUAUCGUCAACUGGGAACGAGGCAACAUGAGCUUCAUCUUCAAGGGUGCAGCUGAAGGUGCUGAGUUUUUCGAAAUUAACCAUGACCGAAAAUUGUUUACAAAGGAAAAGCUUCAAAUGAGAGAGGAAAACAGAGAGACAAGCGUAUUUGAGACCGCACAAGAUGCAAUCAACACCAGAAUGAGUUCCCCAAAUAUCUCGACGAUUUUAGACACAGAUUCGAUCGCUUUUACCAAACAUAAGACGAUGUGGGGCUGGGGAGGAGAUAAAACAGAGACAAUUGAGGAUCACGAGGGGAAGAUGUAUGACGCUACGGGGAUUGAUGUGGUCACGAGGAUACGAUUUGAACAUUUAACCGAGGAAGAGAAGAAAUCAGAGAAAUCCAGAGUUUCUAGUUCAGGAAGUGGUUUGCAAAGCGUCUUAUCGGGCGAACAACAAGAAACAAUCUGUGACUUAGAGGAUCCUGAUAUCGUGGAUCAAUAUUCACUUAAUCCGUACGGCCUUUCCGUUGAAGAGUAUUUCAACUUGCGGUUGAACAAAUCGAAAAAAGAUAUAGGCCGCCCAAAAGACAUGAUAAGUAAGACACAAAAGUUCAAAGCAACGUUGUGUUUAUGUCCGACCUAUCCCCUGUCAUUGCAACAGCAAGUUCUUCCUGUAAUAAAGCUACUUGCGAUCAGUAAUUCGCAUUUUGCGAAGCUUCGAGAUUUUGUUGCUCUUCAUCUACCGUCUGGAUUUCCACUAAAAAUAGAAAUUCCGGUAUUUCAUUUUCUUAAUGCCCGCAUCACGUUUGGUAAUAUAAACGCCAUCGCUGCCCCGGUUCCAGGCGUGACGUCACAUGUGACGUCAGAACCAAGCCCUGAGGAAGACCUUGCAGAUGAUGAAACUAGGGUCACGUGUGCGAUUGACGCGGAUCGCUUUUUGCCCCCCACAGAUUACGUUGACCGAAGUAGGGUGGAACAAUAUUCAGGUCAGCAUAUUCAAAAUGACGAAGAGCUGUUGAUUCAAUUGGCGAUACAACAGAGUUUAGCCGACUCGGGCGGCACCGGUGAUGCGCGCCAAAAUUCCUGGGGACAGAGAACACAUCUCUCUAACAGUGAAGAAGACUUGCAAAGGGCAAUACGUGAAAGUCUUGCAGCAUCAGAUCAAGGAACGAGUGAUUCGACACCAGCGAAAAGGAUGGACGAAAAUCCAGGCUCUUACGACGAACAACUGCAGAUUGCUUUAGCAAUGUCUGUACAAGAUGUCAUCUCGAAAUCUCAAGAACAGAGGAAUGAAGAUGAUGAAUUAAAAAGGAUUUUGAAAUUGUCUCUUACAGAGAAAUAAGCGUAUAGUAUUAUAUAUCAAUACUGGGAUAAUUUAAGACGUAAAUUAUUUAUGUCCUUUAGAGACCCUACCCAGAUCAUUGGCGCAGGUUUUCUAAAAGAUGACACUUUUCUCUAUCAGAUUUUGCCUUGAUUUGUGACAGAUAUAUUGUGCAUUCUAAUAUCUCUGGUAUCUGAAAAAGUAUUUUAUUUAAAGAGAAUAAUAUGAUUGAAUAUGCUGUAUUUUUGGAAUAUGCGCAAUAUAGAAGUAUUACGGACGUGUUUAUGUCAGGGGAUUUAAAUUUUAGAACUUUUACUGCAUGCUUUCUGAUUGGUGUAAUUCCCUCAAACUGACCAAUCAUGUUCACGAAUGACCUCUCCUGCAACUUUGCGCUACAUCUGAAAGUCGCAAAGUUGGAAAAAAAUAUGGUUGCAUGUGCUGGAGGAAAAUGUUUUACUUAAUUUUGAUAUUUCAAUACAUUUUUGGUAGAAUCGUCGUUGGAAAUCCUCGAAAUAUAAUUGUAAGUAAUUCUUUAACUUAUAUAUGCAAGAAAAUGUCAUGUGCGUGUCUGAAAUCUUGCUUUAAAAGGACAGUAAAUAUUGGUCAUACUUCGGCUUCUCGGACAGACCUCGAUAGAUGUCUCUCAGUCUCAGAGUAGUCUUCUUUUGAGGUGCAAGAACCGCCGGUUUUACGAAUACUUUAAAAAACGUUUCUUCAUUUCAAGUCCUUAACAUUGGGGUAUAAAGUUUAUAGAAAAGUUAGUCUGUUACUUCAUUUAUUCGAAGAUAUAUUUCCGUUCCAAAUUUCCAA